AUGGCUCGCGUUAUCCUCUUCAUCCUGAGCGGCGCCUUGGCAGUGCUGCUCACCAUCAUUGGCAUCGGUCUCCAGAUCGCCAUCAGCGUUCGCCUCGACCACAAGUCCACACCAAAGAAUGCGGCAGCGGUAGCCGCAACCUUCGAGUUCGUCGUCUUGAUUGUUCUUGGUUGGCUAGCGGCAUCUCGGCUCUUCUGGCCCAACAAGACUCUGUCGGGUCGACGCCUUAUCAUUGCCCUUGCGAGCCAGGUUGCCUCCUGCACCCUCGGCGCUGCCGCAUCAGCUGCGUCUUUGGCAUGCCUGAGCAACUCGGCCGCCGAGGAUGCCGCUGAUGCAGGGCUUGCUGCAUGGGAGAGCAGCAUAUUGGCUGGCUCUGCUGUGAUCCUGGCACUUGCCAUUGUAUCUCAGCUGGCGUUCCUAGUUAUGCAUUUCGUCUCGUCUCGAGGGGUUGCAUCCGGGAGCUCGUCCGAGACCGACGGGGAAAGCCACAGGAGCCCCAACACUAGGGUCAAAGGCAUUCGGUACAGCCAGACUAGUCCGAUCAGCAGCAAACAAGCACCGGAUGAGGUUUACGUUGAGCGGAAAGGCUCAUCACCGUCCACGGCGACUAAGUCGACAAUAGGGACCAUUCGGUCCACCGUCUCGCAGGCCAUCCGUCCAAGCUCGUCGACCAAGAGGCUGCUGUCUCUGAGAGAGAAGAGUCGGCUGGCGUCGCCGGAGUCGGCUCCCCGGAGGCGCAGCGGCGACAACUCCUUUGAUUCCUGGGACACGUCCUCUGUCGACACACACAACCGUCAAGUUGUGUUAGAGAUGUCGUCGCCGACCAUCAAGGCGCCUGGUGGCCUCGAGACGAUCCCAGCUAGCCCGACUGCGGCUUACAUGCUGGAUCCCCAGGAGUCGCCUUUGGAGCCGCCCCCAACCCUGCGCCGAAGUAGAAGCUACAGCGCCUCGACUCUCUCGCAGAUGGAGGAAGCACGCAACAGCUCCUCCAGUGAACUGCACAUCCACCCUCUCUUCCGGUCUGACUCGCCCACGCCGCCGCCAGUAGCCAUGCCUGGGACGUCGGUCGUGGCAUCCCCCCAGGCAGGACAGGUGAUCACUCGGAGAGAGAGCAGGCAGUCGCUGAAGCGCAUGCGCAGCAGCAGCCUGCAGACAGGCCGUAGCCCGCUGAGUCGUCAAACGAGCCUCGAGAACGCCAAGUUGGGGAGGCAAAGCGCAUUGCCCGAGGAAGAGGAGGCGGCCAACUCCGCAAGGAAGAUGACUCCUCCAGUCCCCGACUGGCUAUUGAACCCGGGAAUGCAAGCUAGCUUGGCGGCAACGGGUAGCGGCGGCGAGGCUGAAAGGUGA